AUGAGAUCCCUUACCAUUGCUCUCCUUCUCGCAUUCAUUUCCCUCGCCACUUCUGAGUCUGUGCCCCUAACCGGUGUAAAACCAGGAGAGGACUUCUCAUUUGAACUAAAAGAUCCAGAUGCGAUUGGAGUGACUAGAACACUGUAUCAAAGCAAUGCUGACGCGCAAUUCUAUUAUUUCUGUGAGAAGACCAAGAAGAAGCAAUGUGGAGCGUGGGUUGAUGAGAAAGGAAACAAAGUCAAAGGAGCGGAUCUCAAAGUUGCAUUCAAGGGGAAGGAAGCGGUUUUCUUGAAGGUCCAGCAGAAGGACGCUGGAAGUUACCACACGGUUUUCGAGAAUGCACCAAUCAGUGCAUGGGUGAACCUUGAAGUUGUAGUUCCAAAGAAACCAAAGCAUUAA